AUGGCACCCUCUUUUGACUUGGGUGCCGUGGAUGCAGCUGCCGGAAUUUGGUUGAACCGCCUUCAGCGCCAGGACCUCCCGGGUUGCGCCCUGCUGGAGGCGGCACGGCGGCGCGAGGCAUCUGCACGGCAGCAUGCCGAGGCCCUGGCCAAAGCAGAGCAGGGCCGCGCGAAUCUGGCUACAGAGUACCUCGCGAAGGAGAAGGUCCUGCACGAGCAUCGGUUGAAGCUACUGGACGAAUCCAAGGCCGCCGUAGGUUCCGAGCAGAGGCUCCGUGCAGACGCCGAGGCAGCCCUGGCGGCGGCCAUGCGACAGUUGCAGGAAGCCAGGGAGGCCUUGGCCCUGGAGGCCUCAGCGCGAAGGAGUGCCGAGGAGGUGCUGAAAAAGCAGAGCCACAAGGUCGAAGAGCUGGAGGCCGUGCUUCAGGAGGACGAGACGUUAGCGAUCCUUGACGAGUUCCGAGAGAAAUCGGAGUCCCAACGUCGCCAGAUUGCCUUGCUGCGGAAGCAGCUGGAGGCCUCGGAGGAGGAAGCAUCUUCCACUGCAGCGGCAUUGCAGGAAGUGAGGUCGGAGUUUGCCGCGAAGCAGCAACAGUGGCUUUCUGAGAAU